CUCCAAUAUCCUCUUCAUCAAAAUCAGGCGUACAUGUCACUGGGCUCUCAAUCCGCCUAAUAUUCACAAGUCGCAUGGCCUUGUAAAUUACAAUAGGCACCGCUACCGAGCUUUUCACUAAAGACAAAUAUGGAUGCCUUCAGGCUCUUAACCAGAGCUACCAAGUUGAACGCCGGUACCGCUAGUAGUACCCUCUCGUCCACUCUCCCGUCUAAAGGCAAGGCGCAAACCCCUCAGUUGUUCCAAGCUUCGGAGGCAGAAGAGCUUCUGCGCAAGAACGGCGGUGCGAACAAGAAGCGCAAGCGAGCCCGUGCGGCCGAGGCGUCGGAUUCCGAGAAUGAUGAUGUUCCGGGUCUAGAUUUCUUCGGCGCAGGCAAAGGCGGCGCGUCGUUGACGGCGAAGAAGGAGCGCGCGUCGGCUGUGAAGGAGCAGCAGCAGGAGGGCGAGGAGUCUGGGUCGGAAGAGGACGAGUCGAUGGAUGAAGUCCAGCGGCGCACGAUUCUGAACGCCCACAAGAUCAAGGUCACUGAUAUGCGGGACUUGGAAGAGGUGCAGCCAGCGGCGGCGCCGGCGGCUGGAGAAGAGUCGAAGAAGAAAAAGAAGAAGAAGAGAAAGCAAGAGGAGGAGAGCAGCGCCGCUCCUCAGCCGCUUUCCAAGAAAGAACAGAAGAAGGCGCGUCGUCUGUUUCCCCAGCCGUUGGUCUCGUUCAAGGAGCUGCGCUCCAGGUACAACAUCUCGCGCAGACUGGCGGAAAAUAUCGCCGAGCAAGGGUUCACGGUGCCCACCGAGGUGCAGUUGGGGAGCUUGCCUCUGUUGCUGGGUGAUCGCUCGGUGGCCCAGAAGGCCCGCUCGGAGGAGACUGUCGAACCGGAUCUUUUGGUAGUGGCGCCCACGGGCAGUGGGAAGACGUUGUCGUUCAUGAUCCCGGUGAUCAACAAGAUUGUCCGCCACCACCAUCAACAGCAGGAUGAGCGCGGUAUCUUCAGCGUUGUUGUUGCGCCUACGAAGGAGCUUGCUAGUCAGAUCGUCAAUGAAGGACGCAAGUUGGCGCUUGGAACUGGUGUCAAGAUCACUUUGAUGAAGAAGGGUAUGCGCCUUGUCGAACGCGACGAUGAGGGAGAGGAGAAGGAUGUGCUCGAUGAGCAGAGUGAGGAAUCCUCUGGAUCCGAAGAUGAACAGCAAGAGACGAAGAAGAGCAGCAAGGGGAAAGCCCCCGUUACGAAGAGCGACAUUCUCGUCACGACACCAUUGCUGCUGGUGAAUUCGCUUUCGGCAAACAAGACGAAGCCCAUGGCGACCUUGCCCCUCGUGAGAAACAUCGUCCUGGACGAGGCAGAUGUUUUGCUGGAUCCUCUCUUUCGCGAACAAACGCUUGACAUCUGGCGAGCAUGCACACAUCCCGAGCUUCGGGCAAGCCUGUGGUCUGCUACAAUGGGAUCCAAUGUCGAAGACCUUGCCAAGUCGACCAUCAAGGAGCGCAAGGAUACCCUGAGCUCGACCAAGUCUUAUCCUCUCCUUCGUCUUGUCGUGGGCCUGAAGGACUCCGCUAUCCCCAACAUCAAGCACAAGCUAGUUUACGCUGCGACUGAACAGGGAAAGCUGCUCGGACUCAGACAACUCCUCCAUCCGGCGGCAGCUGCGGCUUCUGAUGUUCGUCUGCGGCCUCCCUUCCUCAUCUUCACCCAGACCAUUCCCCGUGCCAUUGCGCUACAUUCCGAACUCCGCUACGAUAUCCCUGCCGAAGCCGGUGGCUCUUCGCGCAUUGCUGUUCUGCACUCAGAUCUCUCCGACAGCCAGCGGUCCGAGAUCAUGAAGCAGUUCCGUAAGGGCGAGAUUUGGAUUCUCGUGACGACCGAUCUGCUAGCUCGUGGUGUCGACUUCCGCGGCAUCAAUGGUGUUGUCAACUACGAUAUCCCCAACUCCGCUGCCGUCUACGUCCACCGUGUUGGACGCACUGGCCGAGCGGGCCGUGAGGGUGGCAUUGCGGUCACCUAUUACACCAAGGAGGAUAUCCCCUACGUCAAGAGCAUCGCCAACGUCAUCGAUGUCAGUGAGAAGCUCCGCGGCACCUCGGAGGAGAAGUCAGUCCAGAAAUGGUUGCUCGACGCUCUCCCCGACCUCAGCAAGAAGAGCAAGCAGGAACUGAAGAAGCACGGUGUCAAGGCCAGACAGUCCAGGAAGGACGGCAAAGAAGACAAGAAGACGAGAAUCAGCACGAAGAGUGGUUACGAGCGACGGAUGGAGAACAGGAGAAAGGGGGCGAUCGAAGCCAGCCGCAGCCGGAAAACCGGGCAACCCACCGCUGCCGCUGGCAGUGAUAAUGAGGCCUGGGAAGGUCUCGAUGAUUAGUUGCGUUACGGUACCACAAAAUAGAUUUUACUCUUCCUAUUUUCUACGAUUCCCCCCGUUACCAGCAGACUUUCACACUUGACUUCCAAGAUCAUGUAUUAUUAUUUUUAU